GCCGAAGAAUGAGAGGAGAUUGAUUGGGACAGGUACACGGUGUGUCGCGUUACCCAGAGACCCAGGAACUGUUUCCUUGUUUCCCCAACUGACCUAGCUCGUAGACCCUGGUUAUAAAUAGCACAGCAGCGCCUGGUUGGCCAUCACUUGCGCGUUCGCCCAUCCCGUCAAUCGGCAUCGUCAUACUAGCCUGAUUCAGCGUACAUCGGCUUGUACCCGCCCAUGUAGAUGCCGCGACAUGCCGUCCAAAUGCCGUCCCUCCUAAUACAAUUGGUCCAUGCAGUAGACCCAGGGCCAUCCCACAAAACAGAUCAACGCAUCGCUAGACCGGACUUCGAUUGAACGGACUGACCAUGGCGAGCAGCGACGAAUCCCGGGACACACUCGAGAAGACGUACGGCGCGCUAGACGAGGAGGCACGCGCGUUCCUCAAGCAACGCACUGGAAUUCAGGACGAGGAGCAGUUGAAGGGACAUAUCCUGCAGGUCCAGACGGACGCGUUCGCGGUGCACAAGUACAGAUGCGUCCAGAAUUUCAGUUUCCUGAAGCUGAAGAUCUCCCGCCUUCCCGCGUAUGGACAGCUGCUGAAGCUGGGGCGUGAGCGUGAGGGCGCGGUCUUCCUGGACAUCGGGUGCUGCUUCGGCAAUGACAUCCGCAAGGCCGUCGCGGACGGAUUCCCCAUGGAGAACGCCAUCGGCUCGGACCUCUAUGCUGCGUUCUGGGAGCUCGGCCACAAGCUGUUCAACGACAGCCCCGAGACGUUCCCGGUCCCCUUCCUCGCCGGCGACGCCUUCUCCCCCGCCUUCCUCCAGCCCAGCGCACCGUUCUACGCGCUCCCCUCGACGCCCGCGCCCGCCCUCAAGGCGCUGACGACCCUAACCCCGCUGCUGGGGCACGUCUCCGCGAUCCACGCGUCCUCGUUCUUCCACCUCUUCAACGAGGCGCAGCAGGCCGCCCUCGCGCGCGCGCUCGCAGGCCUGCUCUCGCCCGAGCCGGGCUCGGUCAUCUUCGGCUCGCACGGCGGGCGGUCGAAGAAGGGCCUGAGGGGCGAGGUCGCGCGGGGCUUGUGGCGGACGGAGCCGAUGUGGUGCCAUGACCCGGAGAGCUGGGAGGCGCUGUGGGACGGGGAGGUGUUUGAGCGGGGGACGGUGAGGGUGGAGGCGGUCUUGAAGGAGGGACACUCGCGCUGGGAGGGGGUCAGCGAGGACGGGGGCGUGCCGGGCUCGUUGGUGUGGUCUGUCACCCGGCUGUGAAGGAAUAGUAUUGUAAGGGAAUGGAGGAAGUGUGCUUUACGACCGAUGUGGUCAGUGCACAGAGCGGCAGUGCGCCGCCGCAGGUCGCGAGAGUCUGAUCCGCCGGCAAGGUCGCGUUCGCUCUGGCGACAUCCAAACCACUCCCAUGUCUACGUUCCACCGAGAGCGCACUUUGUUGACCAGCAUGACCAGCC